AUGCUUAGCUCCGAACUUGACGGUGAAAAGGACCUUUUGAAUGCCCUGGCUGAAAAGGAACCUACGUUUGCUGAGAUCGAUGAUUAUCUUGCUAAGUUCCGCAUCGCAUGCCAAAAUGCCAUCUUCCAGUGCUUCGAGAACGGAACGGAGUCUGAAUCUCUGAGUGUUGAACGCCGGCUAUGGGAUAUACAUGUGAAGAUUAACACUCGCUUUCGUAAACUCUUGUCUCGUUUCCGAGACAGCGAUGCGCAGAAAAAGCGACCCGUCGAAAAACGAAAGCUGCAAAAUCACUAUUUGAACUUCAUCAAAUCUAGCCAGCGCUUUUAUCGUGGCUACAUACAGCAUCUCGUUUCUAGAUUUGACAGCAUCCCCGAGUUGGAUAAAUUGGCCAAGGAACUUAAGUUUGAAACCCUUUCUACGGACGAUAAACCGGAUAUUUCGGAGGAUCUUCGCAAGGCCGUUCUGCUUACCUGCCAUGCCACCCUUAUUCGGCUUGGUGAUCUUUCCCGCUAUCGUGAGAUGGAACUGGUUCCGCCAACGAAGAAUCGCAAUUGGGAUCGAGCUAUUAGGUUUUAUAAGUUGGCUGAUAUGAAUAACCCGGACUCGGGAAUGUCUCACAACCAGCUUGCUGUUAUUGGGCUUGCAGAUGGAAACCAUCUCCAGGCAACUUAUCAUCUGUACCGUGCAUUAUCUGCUCAAGAACCUAAUCCGACAUCGAAUGGCAACCUGGAAAUCGAGUUCAAAAAAGUUUUAGCAGCCUGGGCCAAGGGCGAGCUUAUUGCAAACUCGAAGGAUGAGAAGACGUCACUUAUCUCGUCCUUCGUAUACCUCCAUGCCCAGUGUUAUAAAGGGGUAGAUUUUCCAGAACACGAUGAUCUUGAAAAUGAGAUCCUCAGCCAAAUAGCCGUGGACCUCAAGGAACUUUCUCUGCCUCUGCAUCUACUUCAGAAGGUUUGUUUGAUAAACAUUGCUGCUGAAAAUUACGCAAAUGCUCGGCGGACGAAUGGGAAAGAAAAGGAUGGCGUGGAGCCCGCACGCGAUGCAGGGUUGUUCUUCCAGAGACUCAAUGUGAAGACCUUCUUCACCCUUUUGCAAAUAUUGCUUGCUGAACUCGAAUGUUCGGCUGCGGCAAAUGAGUCUGAGAAAAUAAGCCCAGUCGCUCAAUGCGUUCUGCCCGCCUUGAGACACUACAGUUCCUGGCUACUUUCGAAUAGUGGCUCCUUGAUCUGCGAGGAUCAGGAUACUCCGUUAUAUGUACAGAUCAAGGAAUUUUGGAAGAUGUAUGCGAGCACCUUGAGUUUGCUCACGUCGAGCUUUGAUGUGCCUAGCCUCUCUGAAGUCAGCUAUCUGCUCCACGAGGACGAAGAUACUCUGGGUUUCUGCCCGUUGGUUAAUGAUAUAACAUGGCGGAGAUACUUUAAUGAACAUGGGCAGAAGAAGCCCAGGUCGGAUGACGUUAAGGAGAAACAACCCGUUCACAUUGAAAUGUUGUUUCGGGUCCGGGAGUUUGUUAUUGAUGGACUUGAUUUGGUCGUUCAGGAGAAAAUUCCCAUUAUUUUAGCAGAGAACAAUGAGACAAAACUGUUCGUCUACAAAGAAGAAGGCCUCCCCCAAUUUUCAAGCCCGAGCGGAGGCCAUCACCACUCUCUUUCCUCAACCAGAAUAGAUCGCGAAGACAUCCGGCCACUUGAAUCCAACAAUGGGGUGAUGGAAUACGCAACAUCUCAGUCUGCUUCCGCAUCCAUCUCUUUCGCCAUGAACCAGAUGGUUGACAACCUCGUCGAAUCUGAAUCAACUGAAAGUUGCCCGCCCGAAAGAACUCUCUCAUCAUCUAGCGCAUGGCAAAACGCAAACCUCAACAAUGCCAAUGCCAAUCACGGAAUUCCACAACGGGACAGCGGCGAGCCCUCCGGCAAUAGCAAUGACACAGGAACGGGAACUUUCCACCCAUAUAGUCCAAUCAUUGAAGCUGAGGCUCCGAAAUCCUACUCCCCCCGACCAGCUCUACCAAGUAUCUUAAACACUCCCUUUGCACCGCAGCCAGGAGAAGCCAUAUCUCCCGGAACCCGCCCAUCAACCGCCAUGAGGCAACGUGACCAGUACCAGCAUACCAUAGGUGCAAUUAAUGCCGCUUCAAAUAAUACCGGCGGCUCAUACCCCCAGCCACAAGAUUUUCCUCUGCAGCAGCAGUACGUCAUGGGCUACCAAAACAACUUGCAACUCCCAUCCACCCCUCAUGACUAUGCAUAUGCAACACGCAGCAUAUCCCCAACGCAGACGCAGACAUCAAGUUUCCAAUACAAUAACGAUGGCGGGUAUAGCAGUCGACCACUUCCAAUGGCAAUGCAGCAGGCACCCCAGAGUCUCCCAAUCAGUGGCUUUGUGGACAAUAAUAUCAACUCUCAUCAGUUCAAUGAGCGGGUAUUCGGUCAACCGUCCAGCCCGUAUUAUCCACGUUCAUCACCCUAUGUUCCGGGAUCGAGUGUGAAUUCUAAUACCGCGGGUGUUAGUGGUCAGACACCAUCGAGUGGACAGGGGUGA